AUGCCAACAAACACUACUGUCCUUAUUAUUUUGGUUAUAUUUAAUCUUUUAACAAUCAAUUAUGCUUAUCGUAUCUAUCGAAAUAAUGAAUCAAUCCAGCCAGUAUUUGGUUCAUAUGAACCGAGUGCAAACCUUCAAGAAAGAUUGGCUAAUUUGAAUAAUUUAAAGCAAGAAACAGAAAAUAAUUUUGAUAAGAAUUAUUAUAUUAUUUGUCAACCAAAAUCAACACAUAUAUUAUGCAGUCAACUCAAUAAUAUUUCUCGUCGAGACACCGGCUUCUUACGUUUUGGUCGAAAGCGAUAA